GGCGUUGUCACGUGACCAAGUUUCUUUGUGUGCUGGCUGGGUCGCGUGUGAGUCAGGAAGUGUCCGCAUAUCAGCUCUGUUCAUUCAGCUGUUUGGACCUAGCUUAGUCGUCGUGAAGUCCAAAUUUUGGACUCAUCCGUUUAGGGAGUAUACCACUGGGUGUCUGUGUGUAUACAUGUCACUAAAGUCAAAGUAGUAUACACGAUCGACCAAAAAUUUAUGCGGGCACACCAGGCUCAGCUGUGCUAGUGUAAGGGCAAAUGGCCAUGGCGGUGGUGGGGCAGAGAGUUGAGAGAGCGAGUUCAAGGCAUGUUAUGGCUUUUCACAACUCUUCCUCAAGCCCCAGUGUAACUAAUAAUCAACAUGUGGGACUUUUGGCUAUCCCUGUCUCAGGAUCCAUCAUCAGUCCCGUUACUUAUGCAUCUGAAACGCCAGACAGGCCGAUUGGAUAUGGUGCUUUUGGAGUUGUAUGGGCGGUGACAGACCCGAGGGACGGCAAACGUGUGGCCCUCAAGAAGAUGUCCAACGUCUUCCAGAACGUCGUGUCUGCCAUCCGUGUCUACAGGGAGCUCCGGAUGUUGUGUCACUUCCGGCACGAAAAUGUUCUCUCAGCCCAGGAUAUACUCCAGCCUGGCCCCAUGGAUUUUUUGCAUGAGAUCUUUGUUGUAACAGAACUCAUGCAGUCAGACCUUCAUAAAAUCAUCGUCUCACCCCAGCCCCUCACAUCAGAUCAUGUCAAAGUCUUUCUAUACCAAAUACUCAGAGGUUUAAAGUACCUCCACUCAGCCAGAGUUUUACACAGGGAUAUAAAGCCAGGCAAUCUGUUAGUCAACAGCAAUUGUUGUUUAAAGAUCUGUGACUUUGGUCUGGCUAGGAUCAUGGAGCCUGAUGAAAACAUCGCCAUGACGCAGGAGGUGGUCACACAGUACUACCGGGCGCCAGAGAUCCUCAUGGGUGCCGUGCACUACACCUCCGCCGUAGAUAUUUGGUCAGUGGGAUGUAUCUUUGCUGAGUUGCUCAGUCGCAGGAUUCUGUUCCAGGCCUCCGCCCCUGUACAGCAGCUGGAUAGAAUCACUGAAGUACUUGGCACCCCCUCCUAUGAAGACAUGCCCACAGCCUGUCAAGGCGCCAGAGACUACAUCAGAUCCAGGCCCCACAAGCCAGCAGCACUCAACCAGUUUUAUACUCUCUCUGACCAGGCCACACACGAGGCUGUCCAUUUAUUAUGUCGCAUGCUAGUCUUAAAUCCAAACAAAAGAAUAACAGCAGCUGAUGCCCUGACCCACCCGUACCUGGACGAAGGACGUCUGAGAUUCCACUCGUGUAUGUGUACGUGUUGUACACCAGGCACACAGGGACGUAACUUCUGUGGUGACCUGGAGCCUGAAUGUCCUCAUCCAUUUGACUUCAACUUUGAGAAGUCUCUCACAACAGUCAACAGGGUCAAAGAAAAAUUAUUCAAGUUCAUCCAAGACCACCACCACCAUCGCAGCACCAGCAAACUCCCGCUGUGUUUGAACCCCCACGCUGCAGCCCUCGCCAAAAUUCAGAGUGCUAGGGUCGCCUCUGGUGCUGAACUCCCCCCCUCUCCUCACCAGUGGACGUAACCAUGGUGACUCGAGUGUCUGAACGCAGCUAACCUCGUGGAAGUGAUGGCGUUGGUCUGGCUGAGCUCUGAGACUUGCUAGCUCCAGUCUGAUGCAGCUCACAUGAUUAGACUUGUGGACGCUGUGUGCUAGCAAUGCUAGGUUCACCUGGCUGCUCUAUCUACAUUAGAAUCACAUUUUUAGAUGGCCCACAUUUCUUUUAAAACUUGUCUGUGGGUUCUAAUCUAACUUAAUAUUUUAAAACUUGAGACAUUUUCUGGAGAGCACAUCGACUGCAGCUAGCAAAAAGGGAGAUCAUCAACUGCAGCUAGCAAAGGGAGAUCAUCAACUGGAGCUAGCAAAAAGGGAGAUCAUCAACUGGAGCUAGCAAAAAGGGAGAUCAUCAACUGCAGCUAGCAAAGGGAGAUCAUCAACUGCAGCUAGCAAAGGGAGAUCAUCAACUGGAGCUAGCAAGAAGGGAUAUCAUCAACUGCAGCUAGCAAAGGGAGAUCAUUAACUGCAGCUAGCAAAGGGAGAUCAUUAACUGCAGCUUCCCAGGCAAGAUGAGAGCACCUGAGCCAGCAGAAGAAGAAAGAUAGUGUAGAUAAAAAGAUGGUGGCACUCGAGGCUCCCCAUGUACCAAAGGCAGCCAGCACACCUAGGACCAGAUUCAACUUUUUACUAUUCAUGCCAUCAUCUAUUUAUUUUUUAACAUAAAGAUGAAUUAUUUUUAACUUUUUACAACCAUUGCCAGCUACACAUUCUUCCAAACUGGCAAGUGAAAUAAAUCCAUCUUGUGUCAACCAAGUAGUCAGGGACCUUUUUCAAAUUUUGUUCACUCAUAGAGCAAAUGGUGAUGGAUAUGUGGGAGACUGGCUCGCACAUGUUUUAUUAAUGGCUGGCCACAUAGGGUGAAUGGCCUCAUGGGGUGAAUGGCCUCAUGGGGUGAAUGGCCUCAUGGGGUGAAUGGCCUCAUGGGGUGAAUGGCCUCAUGGGGUGAAUGGCCUCAUAUGGUGAAUGGCCUCAUGGGGUGAAUGGCCUCAUGGGGUGAAUGGCCUCAUGGGGUGAAUGGCCUCAUGGGGUGAAUGGCCUCAUGGGGUGAAUGGCCUCAUGGGGUGAUCACACACACAAUAACAUCAAGAGUGGAUGGCCAAGUUUUGAGUGAAAAUCUUGGCACCAUGGCACCAAAGACCAUGUGUCCAGCCUGGUCAAGUCUGUUGUCCAACUUUCUGUAGAUAUGUCUGUAGCAAAGUUGGGUGUGUGGAAUGUUUGAUUGAACCCAAGCAGAUUUUUAAAACUAGUUUUAGCCAUUGUAAACAAAUUGUACCAUGUGUAUGAACUGUCUGAACACUUUUAACAUAUGCAUUUUUUCUGUACAUAUUUCAAGACAGGCUAUGGCUUGUCCAAAGGGUUAACAAUUUGAAAUGUAACAAAGUUUAUUUACAUGUGUGUGUUUUUAUGGACCUGGCCUUGACCUAAAGAUGAGGUCACAACCCUGGCAGACUUUUACCAUUGCCUUGGGCUGUGGUGUCAUCUGUAGCUGGCGUCAGGUGGAGAUGUCUUUAUGUACACAAGUUUGCAGGUUUCAAAACAUUGUCAAUGGUUUUUGUGUGCUACAACUUCUAUAUAUACUCUGUGUGCGUGCAAGAUCUCUGUUUGAACAUUUUUUUUAAUUAAGUACUCAUAGUCAUAUUUCACCAUAUUUAAAGACAUUGAACAAGGGGAGGUAAUUUGUAAAGAAGUGGGAUAUGAAUACUUAGGCUAAUUUGAUUAUACAUUACUAAUUAGCAUCUAUAAUUUAGUUUGUGUAGAUUGUUCAGUUGGGUGAGAUUUUUGUGGUGUUAUCACAUUUCCACAAUUAGUUAAUUUAACAAUUAAUUUAUUGACCUCAGCAACCUCAUCUAUCAUAUAUUUAAUUACAAUCUUAUGGUCACACCUAACGAUUAAUUACAAUCUUAUGGUUAGACCUAAAGAUAAAUUACAAUCUUAUGGUUUCACUUAAAGAUUAAUUACAAUCUCAUGGUUAGACCUAAAGAUAAAAAAUAAAAAGCUUUGGUGAAAUGAGUUCUAAAUGAGAUUUCUCAAAGCUGAAGGGGACACAACCCCUCCUUUUACUCAGCUAUUUAUUCCAUUUGAUGGUGACAGCAUCAAAUAAUCCCUCCAUUAUGUUGUGUACUGAGUAGAUCUAUCUAUCUGAGAGUCUCUGGUCAAACCUCUGUUGUUUUCACACUUAUACUUUUUCCAUUCAUUUCUAACAUAAGUUACCUUAGUUGAUUCUUUUGUUGAAUUUGUUUUUAAGUCAAGUUUUCAAUUGUGAAGUUUUAGGAGGACUCAGUUAAAUAAUUCCAUGAGUGUUUGCUAAUAGAGUUGUCUCACCUAGGUAGGUGACACAGGAACAUUUGGUCCUCUACAGUUUUAAGUGGGUUCUUGAAAUGUGAAAUACUUGAGUCAAAUCUUGACCAAAUGUUUGAUCAAUGUUGGUGUGACAUUAUACAGCACCCCACGAGCUGGUGUCUAAACACAUUUCAAAAGUUACCUGAGGUUUAUCUGGGCUAGUGUGUGUGAGUGUGCUUGUUUCAAAAUGGUGCUCUAAUGUUUGAACUCACUGUUCUAAGUAUUCAUCAUGUACUUGUGUUUUUUUGAUGUGUGCAUCUUGCACUUUUUUAAACUGUGUGUAAACUGAAUGUUAGGAUCAGUCAAGAAGUAUAAGAAUCCUUUGACUGGUCAUCCCCCCCCCCCCCCCUCAGAAUGGCUGGCUGAGACCUUAACCAAUCAGCAUUUGAUGUUGGUAGAAAUCAAAAAUUUUAGAAUCUCAUUUUUUUUCUUGGCUCCCAGUGUAAACUUGCCAUUCUGAGCAAGGUCAAAGUUAAAGAAAUGUAACGCACUUUGGCACAAGUUGACCUUGGUUUUAACACCAGAGUUUGACCUUUGGUUUAACACUAGAGACCUUUGAGGUCUUACAGUACUGAGACAUACUGUAUUUAAAGAAAAGUAAGCAAUGAAAAUAAUGAUUUUGUUUUUUUAAAUGUAAGCAUUGAUUGCCCUCCUAAGACAUAGGUUGUGAGAGCCUUCCAUAUUUGUAUUGAUGUAAAUAAAGCAGAUGAUGCCAGCUGAAUAAUUCACUGAGUGAUAGACCAGACACAAACAACCUAAAGCCAAGUAUUAACUGACCAUUGAAUACAAAUCCAUUUGCCGAUUCCAUAUGAUUGUUUAAUAUGUUGUAUACAAGUUUACUAGGGUCAAAUUCUUUCUGACCAUGACAUGCAGAAAACAUCUUCACCUUCUGUGAAUAUCACAUCAAUAUUCAUUCACUGAAUGCAUGCUGAAAUUGGUGGCCGCAAUGAAUUUAUAAAAUCUGAGCAAGAAAGAUUUUGUCUGUAAGGAUAAUAGUUUUUUUUUUCCUCACUGUAGUCAGUUUUAUUGUACUACAUUUUGUACUCCUAUGUAAUAUAAUGUAAAUAAUUGGAUCUCUGAGCACCGCAGUGGUCUGACAUGAUGAAAAAUACCUCUCUUUAUCAUGACUCAUCUCUGUUCUACCAUGAAAAAAAGGCUUUAAGACUUGCUGAGUCUGCAUGAACAUGACUAGUCAAACUACUUGUAAACCCUUGUUUACUCUUUCAUUUUGCCACUUUCACCCCUUAAGGGUUAUAGGGAAGAGAAUAGAAAUUGGGUAUUCCCUAUACAAAUUGGAUAUUCCCAUUAAAAAUUGGAUAUUCCCAAUCAUUCUCCAUGAAGUCUGUAUGUACCCAGGUUUGUGGGUGUUUGAUGCAGGGGAAUGAAAAAUAAAUUAUCUGUAACUAUUUAGGUUGGGGUAGAAAAAAUGUUUGUGUUAACUCAAAAAUUUUUGCAGGGGAAUGAAAAAUAAAUUAUCUGUAACUAUUUAGGUUGGGUUAGAAAAAAUGUUUGUGUUAACUAAAAAUUUUUUAACACUGCCAGUAUCAAGAGUUGUGUAAAUUAUGCAAUGUUUAAUGCCAUGCCAAAAUGUAGGAUGUUGUAGUCAACUGAACUGUGUAGCACUCCAGUAGGGGACUCCUCUCUGUAGCCCCCCUCCCCCACCUCAUUCCGCACCAGAUGAUAAACAUUGAAUAGUGAAAGAAGAGGGGUAGAUGCAGCAAAUUUGUUGUUGAAACAUUGUACAAAAUUAUUUAGCUCAUUGGUAUACUGAGUGUCUUUGUAGUCAUACUGUAACAUAUUUAGUAUCCACCUAUUGUAUAUGUUAUGUGGACCAUGUUAUGUGAAGCUGUGUGACAUACAGGUUUGCCUGCUGUGUGUUAUGUCUAGAUGUGUAAUAUACAAGUGCCCUACAAGACCUCCCACUAGUGGUCACAACUUUAACGGUCAUCUGUUGUUUUUUUUUGUUAGCUGAGAAAAUUGUCACUGUUGGAAUAGAACACAACCCCCAACCUUUUUUAAUUAGCUGAGAAAAGUUUUAAACUUAUUGGAACAAAAUGGUAUAUAUAAAAGUGUACAGUUAUUUCUUUUGUGAAACCAUAACUGGGCCUAAAUAAUUGACAAAUUAGAAAAUGAAAUAAUUAACGAAUUAGAAAAUGAAUAUUGUAAAUUAGUUUAAAAGGUAAAUUUUGUUGCAUCUUUCAGUGUCUUAAUUUUUGGUGAUUGUUUCUGCUUUAGUAUAUGGUUAUAUAUGUCCCCAACACAAUCUUCACCUGUAUGUGAACUAUGAUUCUAACAAAAAAAAAAUCAAGAAAAAAAUCUUGUUUCUUUCUUAAUCAGAUUUUAUUUCAUAUUUAGAAAGUAAAUUUUUAUUUUGUGCUAUUUAUAAUUCACUGAUAACCAGACUAUGUCCCAGGAAAAUAAGGCUAGAAAAAUAGUUCAAAUACAGACCCUCCAUGAUUUUUGUCUGGUUACCUAUCAGCAGGUUCCUACCCUGCAGGUUCCCUAUCAGCAGGUUCCUACCCUGCAGGUUCUCUAUCAGCAGGUUCCUACACUGCAGGUUCCCCAUCAGCAGGUUCCUACCCUGCAGGUUCCCUAUCAGCAGGUUCCUACCCUGCAGCAGGUGACCAUGUCAAGAUAACCUCAUCUAUUUUUAGACUAGAUAUUACCUAACCUAAACUUGUACAUUUGUAAAAUAAAAAUGUUUUUAUGAUGUAUACAACUUGUGGUCGCUGUUGUCAAUAACGUACAAGAAUGCUUGUUCUUAUUUUGUUUGCAUUAGAUUCAGCCGUAUGUAUACUGACUGCCCUUUGCAUGUAGAUUUGAGCUUUCUUACUCACUCAUAGAUCUUAUUUCCUCUGGCCAGUGCUCAUUUAUGUGGGCCAGUCAUACUGGCACUCAACUUUGAGAAAUUGCUAGAUAUUAUGAAAACAUGACUUUUAAGAUCAGCUGAUUGCUUUUGUCUCUCAACUUUUGGAAACUGCUAGAUAAAUAAAUGAAAACAUGACUUUAAGAUGAGCUGAUAGCUUUUUAAAGAUGGCUUUAUUUUUUAUAAUCUGCUUUAUUAAGAAAAACUCUAGAUAAUCUGCAGGAUAAGCCAACUAUAAAUAAAUUUAUCUAUGGAUGUCUUCGAUGUUUAAUUGGCUUGCUACAUUUUGGUAGUUAACACAAGCGAACAAGUAUCUUGGGUCACCAGUGUGACCUGAGUACCACAGGUCACCUGAGUGGCACAGGUCACUUGAGUGGCACACAUCACCUGUCUGACCUGAGUGCCACAGGUCACACCUGAGUGCCACAUGUCACACCUGAGUGCCACAUGUCACCUGUCUGACUUGUUGGAUAGACCUGUGACUUGACUUAGCUGCCACCUUUGUUUGGCUAAUGUUGUCGUUGAGUUUGUGUUGCUAUUUUUGUUCACCUUUAAUGUUGGUGUUACUGUUACAAUUUGUAAAUUUAUCUUUUCUCUUGGAAAAAUUAUUUUAAACUUUUUUUUAUAGUCAACCAACAGCUAAUUUUUAUCAUUGAUUUCUUUUAAUAAUUUUAAAAUAACCAAAUAAAUAUGCUAUUUUUAAAGAUUAUUUUUCAAAGAACUUAGGUUAAUAAACUGCUCAAUAUUUAUUACAAUAACUGUCUUUUCUUAUUGUUAUUAAUAAAUAUCAAAAGUGAAAAUAUUCAAGUACAAUAUGAGAAAUCCUUCCAACAUUUUUUAUAAGGCCAGUCAUUGAUUAGUUAUGUUAAGUGUGAGUGGGAUUUAGAAUAUGUUAAAGAAUUGUUUGGUCUUUUAAUCUUGAUAGGAUUAUAAGAAAUAUUUUUUUUUAAAGAAAAAUUUCUGAAACAGAAACAAUAGAGUAUUUAAUACUCGCGGAGAGAACGCUAACAAAUGGUAUCAACCAAAAAAGGUUACUGCAGUAAUCCAGCUUGUUAACCAAACUAGCAGUAAGAGUUAGGGUUACUGCAGUAACCCAGAUUUUUCAUUGCUUGCCCUCCCAUCAACAAUGUAUUAUGUUUUUUUGACUCAGGAACUGGUAUAAAUUUUGGUUAUGUAUCAAUAUGUUAACUGUAUGUUUCACUCAUAUGUCCCCACAUAUUUAUUAGUGCAUGCCUAAUUAUGCAAUGCAAAAGCAUUUUUGUUCAUGUACUAGUUUUCUAUCUUUUGCCAGUAUGUUUUUUUCAUAAUGUGGGAUCUAGUGAAUUGUUUUCCCUGUCCACUCGCCACACAGUCAUUCUCUUGACUUAAGUCACACAGUCAUUCUCUUGACUGACAUUCACAAUUUUGCUCUACUCUUUGACAGAACUACCUUAGUUAGACAGACAUGCUACUUUUUUAAUAAGAUUACUUCAAAUUAUUUUCUCUUCAAUUUUAGUUUUGUCACUAAUUUUUUGUAUUAAUACCAAUACUACAGAGUACAAUAUGAAAGAUAAAAUUUCAACAGGGGUAUAAUUAAGUUAACGAAUCUUCAUCAAGAGUUGUAUCAUUAAGAAAGUUUCCACUACCAUAAGGAUAAGCCUUAAUAUUCCUGUCAGCGGAUCAGUGGCACAACUUCUGUUUAUCUGACCAAAUAGAAAUCUUGUUUUUCUCUAGAGGAUCUUUUGGUUUGAUUGUCACCACUUCCUUCACUGUCCGUGGCAUUUCAUUUGCAUAAAUGUCAUUCAAAUGUCAUACACAAUUGUCCUCAUCAUGCUUCUCGUCAUCAACAUAGCUGACAUUGUUUGAUAUGAAGCUUCUCUUGCAUCCUGAUGUAAUAAAACAAAAAUAAAAAUACUGUACAAAU